AUGAGGGAAAUAUUGAACCAUGAAGAACUGAAAGGAAAGAUUCAGCCAGCCUGUCUGGGUCCUCUGCUGCUGCAGGAGCACCUGGACCGGCUGGAGGACCAGUACCUGAGCCACAAACAGGACCAAGUGAAGCUGUGGCUGAACAGGGCGCUCAGGAAGGAGGAGGAGAGCUGGCUGAGCGGCCGCGAGACAGAGCGCAUCGACCACUUCUGCUUCAGCCCACUGGCUAUAGACGUCAUACAGGUGUUAGACAGCUCCCUGACUGAAUGCAGCUGUGUGCUCGGAGACCAGAGGAAAGCUCAGAGGCUCACAGCUCACCUGGAGAACUUCCUCAGCAGCUACAGGAAGUGUAUGGAGGCUUUUGUGAAAGGGAAGCACGGCAACGGCCUCGCUGUGAUCAAAGCUCAGCUGGUCUGUGAGCAGCAGCUCAGGGAUUACAUCACAGGUGAAACAGGAAGUCUGUCGGAGCCGCAGAGACGUGGCUGUCUGGACACUCUGGCAGCCCUGAAGGAUUGUGGGUACAGGUGUCUCACCUGUCCCAUUCACCUGGAGAUGAAGGUGUGCUUCUCUCACCUGCUGACGCCCGGCUGGACCGACGGGUCACUUCCUGUCGUCGACUCUCUGCUCAGCUUCAUCGUUCAAGAGCUGACAGACCUGAAGCCCACCUGCAGACAGUGGGUGCUGACGGAGCUGCAGCAGGAUGUGUGUGUGCAGUAUGUGAGGAGGAUGAUGAAGAUGAUGAAGAUGAAGAAGACGAGGGGACAGCAGGACGGAGCUGAGAGGACGAGGACAGACGCCCUGAAGAUCUGCGCCUUCUUCAGGGAGUGGGGCGUCUCUCGGGAUCCAGACCGGGUCCAGCAGGAAGUCCUGCGUUUGACCCGGAGCGCCCCCGCCCUCAGUGACGCUCACCUGUCGGCGCUGCUCUGCCUUUGCUCCGGCCAAUCAGAUGCCAGUGUGGAUGAGACCCGCCUCCUCGCAGUCUCCACCAAUCAGAGCUCUGCGUUCUUCUCCGGGGUCAAAGUGAAAUGGAUCCACAAACACAGGAAGUAG